CUUAAAUCAUGCGGGCUGAACAUCGUUUUAGAGAAAAGUCUCAAUAAGCAGACUUUACUGCUUCUGAAGAAAGAAGAGAAGCCACCUCAGAAAACAGAGGUAGUGCACGUAAACAAUAAUGAAUUCAGUUGGAUUGAAAAGGUGAAAAUGAUUAUGAAGAACGAGAAAGAUAAAAAAACUAAUGAAACAACAAGACUGGUGCUAGUUGCCGAAGGAGAUAUGGAGAAUGGUUUAUUAGGUAUGGUCAAAUGUUUGAGAAGAGAACCUAAUGGUGAAAUUGUCAAGGCUGUAAUAAUUCAAGAUAAGAAUGCACCAAAGUUUUCAUUAAACGAUCCAUUUUACUCUGAACAACUG